GGCAGAGGAAUUCUAUGUUUCUCUGUCUUGAAGUCCCAAAAACAGAGCAAUACAAACAGAGAGCUUCUAAAUCUCCCACUCACAUGGCCGGAAUCUCUCCGCUCUCAGCCACCCACUUCCUCUUUCUCUCUUUCCUCCUCUCCUCUGCCAUGGCUUUCGCUAUAGGCGAAGAUGAAUACUCCUUUGGAAGAACAUUGGACAGAAAACUUUUGGGUCUUAGAAAAGAGAAGCUCAGCCACUUGCGUCUUUACUGGCACGACGUUCAAAGUGGCAAAAACCCAACCUCAGUCCAAAUCGUGCCCCCUGUUUCCAACACGUCAAGGACUGGAUUCGGUGCGGUCCAAAUGAUCGACAACCCAUUGACAGCAACUUCAGAUCCGAAGUCCAAACUGUGGGGAAGAGCACAGGGACUUUACGCGGCAGCUUCGCAAGACAAAUCUGGGCUGUUAAUGGCGAUGAAUUUCGCGUUUGUGAGUGGGAAAUACAACGGAAGCUCCAUCACCAUAUUUGGAAGAAACCCAUUUAUGGAGAAAGUGAGAGAGAUGCCUGUGAUCGGUGGAAGUGGGCUGUUCAGAUUUGCGAGAGGAUAUGCGGAAGCCAGAACCAGCAAGAUUGAUUUCUACACAGGGGAUGCUGUUAUUGAAUAUAACAUUUACGUACUUCAUUAUUGAAUUCUGCUUCAUCAGUGAAUUCAGCCUUCUGGGAUGCUGCUGUUACAUUUUUUUUUUUAAACUUUCAAUGAAUUCAUCAGUGAAUUCAGCUUUCUGGGAUGCUAUCAUUGAAUAUAACAAAUUUUUUUCUUUUUUUUUUACUUUCAAUAAUUUUCUUUCCGUAUUGAACUUUGAUCUGCGGGUCGUUUUGAGCCAUCAACAAGGUAGGAACCAUCCAGCUGUUACACCCGUCGAGUCUAAUCAGCUGUGGCCAACCUUAAUCGAUUCGAGUCUAUUGUUGUCUAUAAUAUUCUAUAAGUGAUUGUUUGGUGUGUUAA